AUGGAAAGAGUAAAAAUGGAAGGGGCAAAAAUGGAAGGGGCAAAAAUGGAAGGGGCAAAAAUGGAAGGGGCAAAAAUGGAAGAGGCAAAAAUCGAGGCGGCUUUAAAUAUAUGCAACGCUUUACCAUCCCAUUUAUUUGAAGAAACCAUAAGAAUAUUAUCAAGAAUUGAUCAAAAUUUAACUAACAAUAUUUUAAUAAAUAAGGAAGGACCAAUAAAAAUAAAAUUUGAUAGUAAAGAAAAAAAGUAUUAUUUAGGUAAUAUGUUUAAUAAGGAAAAAGAUUCAUACAGAUCUCCAUAUACAAAUAUAUAUUAUCCUGACCAUUUCCCAAAUGGUUAUGUACCCUCUGAACAGUUAAGGAGUUUAGAAAUAGCAUAUAAUGAAGUAUUUGAUAGAUAUAGAAAAGCAUAUUAUAUAAAUGGGUUAUCUUCUGUAUAUUUGUGGCCAAACCCCAUAGAAGAUGGAUUUGUCGCUUGCUUUUUAAUUAAAAAAAAAGAAAAAUAUGAUGAAAUAACAUGUAUGACUUGGGAAGCUACACAUUUAAUACAAGUAAAUAUAACACAUUUAGUUAUACAUUACCAAAUUUCUACUACUCUUAAUUUUUCUGUAACUAGACAGAAUGAUAUUAUUUUAUCUGCUUCUAUUAAUAAAGCUUUAGAAAACCCCAAAAAAAUUUCAAACAUUAAUUUAAUAAAAGAUAAGUUCUACCAUAUGGAAAAUAUGGGCAAAAUGAUAGAAGGUAUUGAAAACUCUCUACGAAAAAGCAUUGAAUAUAUAUACCUAUCGAAAAUUAAUGAUAUUUUAAACUCUCUAAGACUUAAUGAUUUAAUUUAUCACACACAAUAUAAUGAUCACAAAAUUAGAAAUUUUAACUCCAUUUCGAGUAAUAUCUCCCUUUCGAAGGACACUGUACAGGACGAAUUAAAAUUAAAAUUGAAAAGUAAAAAUUUGAGCACUCCAACGGAAUACUCUGUUAACACCUGA